UCAAUUUCAUGGAACCGCGGAAUGAUAAAUCGCCCGGGAGAAGAGCGAGGAAUAGGACACAUCCACUUCGAGGCAUUUGGAUCUGAGCGCGGCGGCCACACCGACCGGGUUUACGCUGCCGGUCCAUGUGUAGACGACUUUAACAUCACCCCUGUAGGAUAAACGUUUUCGUCCGGGUUUGACCGCAAGAACCCCUGCCGCCGUUCACACACGGGGUAAGAGUUUGCAGACGGUGUCCAACACCUCCGCCCGGACGCAGUUUUACAUGUGAAUAGCCCAGUGCACUACAGCCCGGGUCUGAAUGAGCGUACGAGGAGAGAGGCAAAAUCUAGCCGAUUGUUUCCUGCUGGGUUCAGGUCAGCGCUUAUUUCGGUGCACACCUAAGUACUGUGCAAUGGUAAAACCGUGCCGAAGAGAGAGAAAGGGACGCCGCUUGUAAAGUCGCCCACAUGCUCUGGAUCAGCGGCCGGACUCGGGAACGGAAAACGCUGAAGGAGGGAGACGCGGCGGAGUCGGGAUCGUCGGAGGCUGCCGGAGGAUGGAGCGGUGUAGCAGGAGGUGGUGAGAGCCUAACUUGGGGCCACUUCAGAACAACUCUUCGCAAACAGCUCGCUCCUGUUCGUAGGACACAUGCAGGCCAAAAAACGGUAUCUAAUCUUGCUCUCCGCCGGUGCAUGUUUAGUUCUGCUCUUCCACUUCGGGGGGGUCCAACUUCCAGCGGCGAGCAGGAGCCGGCAUGACCGCAGCCGCCAUGGAUAUCGGCCCGAUCAGCCCUGGCCUCAUUUCUCCGACCCUUUACAACCUUUCCUUCCCUGGGAUCGGACAGACACCGAGGAGUACAACCAUCACAUGUCGCCGAAGCAAAAGAGGGACGUCAACACGAGUGUUUACAAAGGCAAACGGUGCCGCAUGGAUUCGUGCUUUGAUUUCUCCCUGUGCAAGAAGAACGGUUUCAAAGUUUACGUUUACCCUCAGCAGAAGGGGGAGAAAAUCUCAGAAAGUUACCAGAAUAUUUUGUCCACCAUUGAAGGGUCGAGGUUUUACACCUCUGACCCUGGACAGGCGUGUCUCUUUGUCCUCAGUCUGGACACUCUGGACCGGGACCAGCUCUCUCCGCAGUACGUGCACAAUCUAAAAACCAAGGUCCAGAAUCUGCCUUUAUGGAACGAUGGCCGGAACCACCUCUUAUUUAACUUGUACUCGGGGACGUGGCCAGACUACACGGAGGACCUGGGCUUUGACAUAGGCCAGGCCAUGCUGGCCAAGGCCAGCAUCAGCACCGAGAACUUCAGGCCCAACUUCGACGUGUCCAUCCCCCUCUUUUCCAAGGAGCACCCGAGGACCGGCGGAGAGAGGGGGUACCUCAAGUACAACUCUAUCCCGCCUUUUAGGAAGUACAUGCUGGUGUUCAAGGGCAAGCGGUACCUGACGGGUAUCGGCUCAGACACGAGGAAUGCCUUAUACCACGUCCACAACGCCGAGGAUGUUGUGCUGCUCACCACAUGCAAGCACGGCAAGGACUGGCAGAAGCACAAAGACGCGCGCUGUGACAAGGACAACGCAGAGUAUGACAAGUAUGACUACAGAGAGAUGCUCCACAACUCUACCUUCUGUCUGGUGCCUCGCGGCAGACGGCUGGGCUCUUUCCGCUUCCUGGAGGCGCUGCAAGCAGCCUGUGUGCCGGUGAUGCUGAGUAAUGGCUGGGAGCUGCCCUUCUCCGAGAUCAUCGACUGGAACACAGCUGCAGUCAUUGGCGACGAGAGGCUCCUGCUUCAGAUCCCGUCCACGGUGCGCUCCAUCCACCAGGAUAAGAUCCUGUCCCUCAGACAACAGACUCAGUUCCUCUGGGAGGCCUACUUCUCAUCUAUGGAAAAGAUUGUGCUGACCACUCUGGAGAUCAUUCAGGACCGGGUGCUGGAGCACGGCUCCAGGAGCAGUUUGAUGUGGAACAGUCACCCGGGGGGACUCUUCGCCCUGCCACAGUACUCUGCAUACCUGGGAGACUUCCCCUUCUAUUACGCCACGCUGGGUAUCAAGCCGUACCCCAAGUUCACAGCAGUCAUCCACGCCGUCUCGCCUCUGGUGUCCCAGUCCCAGCCCAUACUAAAGCUCCUGGUGGCCGUAGCCAAAUCACAGUACUGCGCACAGAUUAUUGUUCUGUGGAACUGUGACAAGCCUCUGCCUGCCAAGCACCGCUGGCCCGCCACCUCCGUGCCCGUCAUUGUCAUCGAGGGCGAAAAUAAGGUGAUGAGCAGCCGAUUCCUCCCUUACGAGACCAUAGUGACCGACGCUGUUCUCAGCCUGGAUGAGGACACAGUGCUCUCCACCACAGAGGUUGACUUUGCCUUCACUGUGUGGCAGAGUUUUCCAGAGCGUAUCGUGGGUUAUCCAGCCCGCAGCCACUUCUGGGACAGCAACAAGGAGCGCUGGGGCUACACGUCCAAAUGGACCAACGAUUACUCCAUGGUGCUGACCGGGGCCGCUAUCUACCACAGGUAUUACCACCACCUGUACACUCUUUUCCUGCCCAGUAGUCUGAAGAGCAUGGUGGACCAACUGGCCAACUGUGAAGACAUCCUGAUGAACUUCCUGGUCUCCGCCGUCACCAAGCUUCCGCCCAUCAAGGUCACCCAGAAGAAACAGUACAAGGAGACCAUGAUGGGGCAGUCGUCCAGGGCUUCUCGCUGGGCUGACCCGGACCACUUUGCCCAGCGGCAGACCUGCAUGAACAAGUUCGCCAGCUGGUUUGGCGGCAUGCCCCUGGUCCACUCGCAGAUGAGGCUGGACCCCGUCCUGUUCAAGGACCAGGUCUCCAUCCUCCGCAAGAAAUACAGGGACAUCGAGAGGCUCUGACAGGACUGGCGCCCCCUAGGGGGAGACCCUGCGCAGGGGGAGAUGCGAGAGAGAGACUCUGUGGAGAGUCAGAGGAGCAGUAGGACCACAGCUGGACAAAUGGGGGGCGCCACAGCUCCGUCUUCCACACAGCAAAUUACCAAUGACCACAGCGCCGCUGCUGCCAGGACUUGAUGGGAGCACGAGAGAUAGCAGGAAAACAAGCAGAUGGCAUCUGGUUGCGAAAAAUACAAACAUACAAACACAGAAACAAAGAGACGUACAGUGCACAAACUGAUGGACAUGCCAAAUGCCAAACAGCGCCUGUGUGUCCAUGGUGUGCUGAACACAGUACAUGCUGCUGUCGACAAGAAUUCUUGGAUAGAAUAUUUUUUUGUAUGAAUACUGCGAAACAAACACGGACGACGUUGACUUUCCUGCUCUCUUGGCACAUUUGCAGGACGGUUGAGGAGGGAAGGUAACAAUGAUCCUAACCUGGCACCGCUACCCACCGUAGAGCCCAAUCCUGCUGUCCUGGAAGCCUUGACUGCCGCCACACCCCUUACCCCAAACCCAAACCACAUCACACAACACUGCACCACAAUACACCACAAUACAUCACACUACAAUACACCACACCACAAAAUCAACUUAACUGAUCCCACGGUCCGAGUCUGCAUCAGGACUUGUUACUGAAUUCACGACUCACUACCAAGUACUCACUCCCAAUGUAAACCCUAAGAAACCCUUGACUUUUUGUUGAUUUCAAUGUCUGCACGAAUUAACCUUCUCUCAUCACACGAUGAAACUGCCUUUGUCCUCCGUGAGAAGUUUUGGAGUUCAAACUUCCCCCUUUCCCUUCAUGUUAUUAUUUAUAAAGUAGAAACUGCGUUUUCUGCCCUAAGAUUGUCAAAGCUUGGGAAGAAGGUUUACACGUCAAAGCCAACCAACAUUUUCUGAUACUGUCAGCCAUCAGCACAUAUCCUUGAGCCAGUUUCAAAACCGGUCUGUCUGUCAGUGGCUCAUUCCUCGAUGUGCUGAUAGUGGCUCUCAUAAUGGUCCGUCUGGUUCCCUGUUAUCACCAAGAUAAGUUAGAAAAACAUUUCUUAUUUUACAUCCCAUUUUCCUCCCAUACUCUGCACAGCGAUUGCAUUUUUCUCAUCUUUUUUUCCUACUUUUCUCAUCUUUUAUUUUCCCCCUUUUAAACUUUGUACUUCUCUAUGUGUGUGAGCAUGUGUCUGUGUGAAGAGCCUGGAAAUGUUGGCUCAUCCAACCAUAAGCUCAGACAGAGCACAUUUCCCUUUGCCGGAAUGGAUGAAAUGAACAUUUCUGGAUGAAAUGGAGCAGAACGUUGCAUUCUAACCCAAACUCGUUUUGCCCAUCUAUUCCCCUGUAUGCCCUCAAAGUAUUACCCUGCCAGUGGAAAAAAAUGGUAAUUUUAGGCUAUAAUAAGUCUCUCGUGACUAUUGUCAGUUCCCAGGAGUGCUUGCAAAAAAUGGAGAGAUUUUAACGCCGAAUACAUCAGUGCCAUAUUCUAGAAAAGUGACAUUUGGGGCUGCCUUUAAAAUUGCACAUUGCACAUUAUGUUGCCGGCAACCGUUUGAGAGGACUAGAUGAAGUGUACUAUCCUAAAGAAGUGUCUUGUUGAAAUACUGAAGUCAUCACUACACUGGGGCUCUCAUGCUCCUGUAAUUAUUUUUUUUUCCUUGUGACCCAUCACUAGGCCUAGGUGCCAUUAAAUUGACAAAAGGUUUUCUCCUCCAUUUGUCAGGGGUCAUGCAUUUGGGGUUCAAUUAAGAAAACAUUUCUCAUCUGAAGUGCUGUUUUAUUCUUGGGGGACAAAUAGUUGAUGAAACCCUUGAACAUUACAGACCCAUUGUGUUGUGCAGGCAGUGACCCACAGCAAUCAGCCAUGACCUGCUGGCUAAUGCUACCCCGCGUCCUUAUAGACACACACGUGCACACGCACAUGCACACACACACACGCACCAUCUCCCUCUCCACCUAGCUCUGUUCAAUCUUCUGACAGUGUCUAUCCCUGUCUAUUACGCAUGACCUUUCCACCAUCCUCUCAUAGUGCCGUUGUUCACUGUGACAGAACACAAAAACAGCAAGCGUGGCCUCGCACAACUCAUCUCAUAUUACUUUCAUGAUAUUAGAAAAACAGGCAAAAAUGGAAAAAUAUCCGUCUGUGUCUUUCACUUGAUCUAUAUGAAGAGAAACACUCUGAGAAAAUGCCCCUUUCUCCACCUAUUGCUGUACUGUAACACACAGUCAUAAUGUGUUGUUGAAGCAGGGACCCAGUCCGCUCUAACCAACACUUGGAUGAGAAUAACAUGCUUUUAGUGGCCUUUCUGUCAAAAGGGGCCUGAGCAUACGUUUCUCAACAAAAGCAGGGCAGUCCAUAGGCUUUCCGAUAUCUUUUUUCCCCUUUUUCUUGCCAUUUGUACCCGGCCAGUUACCCCACUCUUCUGAGCCAUCCUGGUUGCUGCUCCACCCGUUUCUGCCGAUCCGGGGAGGGCUGCAGACUACCGCAUGCCUCCUCCGAUACAUGUGGAGUCGCCAGCUGCUUCUUUUCACCUGACAGUGAGGAGUUUUGCUUGGGGGACAUAGCACAUGGGAGGAUCACACUAUUCCCCCCCCAAACAGGCAAACAGGCAAACAGGCACCCUGACUGACCAGAGGAGGUGCUAGUGCAGCGACCAGGACACAUACCCACAUCCGGCUUCGGGUAGGAAGCUGAAAGUAACACAGGGAUUUGAACCAGCAAUCCCUGUCUUGGUAGGCAACAGAAUAGACCGCUACGCUACCUAGACGCCCAGGCUUUUUGAUAUCUUGUCAUCACCAUCGUCAAUUUGUUACUGAACUCAUUGACGGCUCAGUUUGGUUCCCCCCCCCCCCCCCAUGUUCUAUCAGUGGUUUUACAUAGGGUAGGGGUAUAGGCCUUGGUGACCGCUACCCAUUAUUGUCUCAGAUGUGUUAAGGUUCAUAUCCACAUGCUUACUACUACAGCAUAGUUGCUUUAGGUUUAAGUAUCAUGCAUAUCAUUUAAAACCUGGCAGGCCUAUAAUGUUCUUUUCUUUUCCUCUCUCUUCAUGUUUGCGUAUCGUGUUGUAUUUACUAUCUGAAGAUGUGCUAGUUCAUGGGGCUACGGGUUUGGAGAAUGUGUUUGUUUUCCAGGGAAGAUUUUUUGCUGUGUUUGAUUAGAGCUGCACCGAGCCUUGUUUCUCCAGACAGAAAGAGUUCAUCUAAGUGAUUGUGGGGAAGAAAGAGAAAAACAACAAAUACACACCAUGCCACAUCUGGUCCCCAUUUAAUGUUCUGAGGAACAUCUUGUUUGAAUUCAUAUCAAGCCCUUUUUGUAUCUCUGAUUGUUUCAAUUGCUGUUGAGCAUCUCAAGAGAGCCUCCUCUUCAGCUUUACCAUAAUUUCACACCAGACAUCCGACAUUUUAAACACCAGACAUUUCAAAACCUGCAGCUCUCGGCGCUGCACAUAAGCAUGUAUUCAUUUCAACAAAGUCAAACCGUAGUUUGCAUUGAUGUGGCAGCGAUAUAGGAGAGAUACUGCAUUGCAGAGGAAACUCACGAUGAUAUUUAUAGUUUUUUUAUGCAAACCAUACAUAUCUACCCACACUUUUAGCCAACACACUGCUCACAUUAGGGUUAUUUUUUUGCACUGUAUUGGAUUUUCAUGAGAGCAUCCGUCAUUCCUUCUCAUUCUCCUCAAACAUUUUCAGAGUCAUAGCAAAAGUGUAACUCUUGAUACGCAUCAAAUGACGGACCAAUAGUUCAGAACUGGAUUCAGGCUAAACAUCUUGGCUCUCUGCAGGAGUCAAAUUGCAAAGACCCAAUAAAAGACUAUAUGUGUCUGCCAACUGAAACAUGGAAAAUAAUAAGCAGCUGGGUCCAGUGAACCAGAUGGAAAUGUUUUUGUUUCUGAUGGAAUAUCUUCCCCCAUGCAUAUAUUAUUAAGUCUGAGAAUGUGACACAUUUUUGUUUAAAUUGCACCUUGGUUUGCCAGUUGGGUUUCAGGUCUAAUUAGUUUAACGUUGAGAACUACUCUGUUUUGUAAGUGGUACACUGUACUGUGCAGUAUCAAGCUGGGAACUGACUCGGAAAGUGAUGGAAACUAUGACCUGGUCUGUCAAGGAGAAACCAUGUGUUGUCCGCCUGUCAUGUGUGACAUUCAACUUGGAAAAAUUAUGCAAUUAUAAUUAUAAGCGUAAUUCUAUGCUACGAGAAAGGUUUAACUGCGAUGUGCCAGACGAUUUGUGUCUGUAGUGGUGGCAGUGUGUGUGUUAGGAUACUGGUCUGUCCUUGAUUUGUGCCUUUUGAUCAACAUUUGAGUUCUUGACACGCUAGCACCGUCUGUCUUGACACUUGCAACCACGUAAACAGAGGCAGCCAUAGCACAAUGUGCGGGGUCCGACCGGCCCCCGCUUACGUACACUGGACCAACUACCGCUCCUACGCCGCUCCGGACACCCAGUUUCUAUUGCCAAGAUGGACACCUGCUAAGAUGACAAUGCAUGACCGCUUCCUGUUCAGGAUUAUUUAUCAGUGAUUGGCCGCAUCGCAUAACCGAGGCUUCUCCGUUGACCAGUAAAGGACUUUUUUUGAUUUGCUAAUUCAAGCCCAGCUGUCCUGAUGCCUUCUCCUCCCUCCUCCCUUGUAAUUAACAGAAGACUUUUAUAGGUCACAAAUGAAAUAGAGAAAUGCCAAUUUUGUAAGAAUGAUUUAUAAAAAAAACAAAAC